UUUUUAACUAAAAAAACAAGCAAGGGAAUCAUUAAUCAAAGCAUGCUUUUGUACCAUUUUCUAAUUUCCAAUUCUAAAAAAAAUGCUCAAAGAACUUAACCAAAUAGACCCUUGAUAAUUCAACAAUUCUUCUUUUACGUCUGAGUCUUGAUACAAAAUUUCAGAUUUACCCAUACACCUUUAUCAAUUGUGAGUUGGGGGCUCUAACGGCAAUCUGUUUGAUUAGUCCAGAUAUUCCAUUCCUGUACACGCGACCUCUGCCUCUCCUGAAACCUAUAAAUUGGAAAUCCCAAUGUAAAAAUUCCCACACAAUCAAUGUUCCUUCAAUCAUAAUUUUACCUCCACGACCACCCAUACAAGUUCCAUUUCUAGUGUGAGAAAGAGAAGAGUAGAAUCAAAGAGUGACUGAGUGAGUGAGAAAUGGCUAUUGAAGACGAUGACAACUCUUCCCAAAGUUUCAGGUACCUGAUUGUUCGUCCUGAAAAUGGUGGAAUCCGCGACCUUGUUCAAUUCUGGGCGUCAUCAGACAGAACAAGCUGUUCUAAAUUUCUCGAAUGCUCCUACGACGGUGACAGGGAGUUGUUGGGCGGCGGCGGCCGUGGCGGAGGAGGAGGAAGAUUGAUGGGUGACCACCGGUGGGUCAUAUUUGUGUCGAUUGUAGUCCGGAAGAUCAUAGCCCUUUUUGGUAAGCCCAUGGAGUGGAUUGGCUACUUCGUGGAGUUCGUCCUCAAUCUCCACAAUGAAAAUGGUGGUUUCCUCGGUUUACUCUACAACUUUUUCCACGGAAAGGUGGUGAUACCACAGAGAGGUUCAGAGACUUUUAUAAGCGCAAUUGGGCAUUUAGAUGGACGAAUAGACCUUUACAGGAGUGAUGUUCUGUUGGAAGGAAUCAGUGAAUCUGCUUCUGGACAGAGAAGCAUACGGGUAGAAAUAGGAGAUCAGGGUCUUAUGGACCUCUGCAUAAUAGCCGCCAAGUUAGCCUAUGAAAAUGCCAAUGUCGUUAGAAAUGUUGUAAAUCUCCACUGGAAGAUGCAUUUUGUGGACUUCUACAACUGCUGGAACGAUUAUCAAAAGGAGAGGUCGACCCAAGUUUUUAUACUCUGUGACAAACCAAGAGAUGCAAAUUUGAUUUUGAUCAGUUUCAGGGGCACGGAGCCAUUUGAUGCUGAUGACUGGAGUACUGAUUUUGACUACUCUUGGUAUGAGAUCCCUAAAUUGGGAAAAGUCCACAUGGGUUUUUUAGAAGCCUUAGGUUUGGGCAACAGAGAUGAUGCCUCCACCUUCCAGGAACUUCUUCAAGGGAAUAACGCAAAUAUCACCCCUUCAAAUGCUGUUGAUAUAACCACUGGCCCUUCAGCUGAUAGUGGCAGGAAGAAGCUCAUACCAGAGAUGGUGGAAAUGACUGCAUAUUUUGCUGUGAAAAGUAAGCUCAAGAGCUUACUGAAGGAGCACAAGAAUGCAAAAUUUGUAGUCACUGGACAUAGCUUAGGAGGGGCCCUUGCUAUCUUGUUCCCAACAGUGCUAGUACUACAUGAAGAGAAGGAAGUCAUGCAAAGGUUGCUGGGUGUACACACAUUUGGACAACCAAGGGUUGGGAACAGGCAACUGGGGAGCUUUAUGGAAGGCCAUUUAGAUUGUCCAUUCCCUAAGUACUUCAGGGUAGUCUACUGCAAUGACCUUGUGCCAAGGCUGCCUUACGAUGACAGAACCUUCCUGUAUAAGCAUUUUGGGACAUGCCUUUACUAUAACAGUUUCUACAUUGAGAAAAAAGUGGACGAGGAGCCGAACAGAAAUUACUUUGGGAUUAGAUACCUGAUACCAGAGUAUCUGAAUGCGGUGUGGGAGUUACUUAGAAGUUUGAUGAUGGGGUAUGUGCAUGGGCCGGAGUAUAAAGAGGGGUGGUUAUCAGUAAUGUUCAGGAUAUUUGGACUUGCAUUCCCUGGUAUUUCUGCACACAGCCCCCUAAAUUAUGUCAACUCUGUAAGGCUUGGGAGGGAGAGCGCCUUGCAGAUGUCCUCUCUAUAAAAAAAGGCUUCUCUUGCGAAUAAUUCCGGCUGCAGUGUUACGGCAAGACUCAUGUUUUGCAAUGUUGUGUAGUGAGUAUUUCUAGUGAUCAUAAAUUUGAAUCCCUCUGGCUUGUGGAAAAACCUGUCCUGUUGCAUGUCAAGCUCAUUAGUUCUAUUGAUUUCAUUUCAUUUGGGGUUUCUGUCAUAAUAAAUUUUUGUUGUUUCUAUGAUUGAAUGAAAAUUUUGCUGUGUUCCACUAAAA